AUGAGGAAUUCUAUUUUGUUUUCGGAGCUUACGUGCGCUAGCGAGACCGAAACAUCAAAUCGAGAGCAACAGAUGCAGCGAAUCAUCCGGCAUUUUAUGGGCGACGUGUCAUUCACUAGUAGGAAUCUACAAGAAAUUGCAGAUAUGCUAGAGAAAGACCGUGACGACUCUAGAUCACAAGAUGCAACUGUUUCAGAUGAACAGGCUAUGUCGGAAAGCUAUUCAAUCGAGCCGCUAUCCAUGAGCAUGAUGCAUUACUCUGGCGAACUAUCCCACUGGAACUUCUCUAAAGCGAUUCGUCGCAGAUUACAAAACCUCAGUCAUGGACCGGCGCAGGACUCGGAGACUACCAAUGCUUUCUAUCGGGCCACCAGUCUGCAAUCAUCCAAUUCAUUUGUCACUUCAUCUAGGAUAUACUUUCCCCCUAGGGAUGUGGCUGAAUUCCUGACGGACACAUUUCUGCAGUUCGCGCAGACCAAUUAUUUCUAUUUCGACGAGACCACUUUUCGCCAGAAGAUGGAUUUUUAUUAUACUACCGACAGACCUUUCAAGAUCGAAGACACGGGUUGGAUCUGCACGCUUCUCAUGGCCUUUGCCAUUGGAACCCAAUUUGCCUACAUGCAGACGAUGCCAACACAGAACAAGCCUCCUCCAGAGGAGAUGCCAGACGAUCAUAUUGGCCUAGAGCUUUACCGGUUCUCGUGCCGGUUGAUUCCAGAUCUUAUCACCAUCGCCUCGGUGGAAAGUGUCCAGGCCUUUUUACUUUUAGGUGUCUACACCCUUCCCAUUGAUACGUCAGGUUUGGCGUAUACAUACUACGGACUUGCGAUCAAAAUGGCCGUUCAAAAUGGCAUGCACCGCAAAUAUUCCGGAGUCUCACUGGAUCCCCUAUCCAUCGAGUUGCGCAACCGCCUAUGGUGGACUGCAUAUUCGUCAGAAAGCCGGAUCAGUAUACUACAUGGACGACCGGUAUCUGUCUCUAGAGCCGACACUGAUACUGAUAUACCUACCGAGGUCACAGGUCUACCACCGUUUAACGGGAUAUCCAACUUACCGAACAUCAUCGCCAAUAUCUAUUUGACCAAUCAACUAGGGCGACUAGCGCGGGUCAUUCUACGCCUGCGGAGAUGUCCACGAACUAGACAAACGCAACAUCUCCAGGAAUUACGGUCCGUCCGCACUGAGCUUUGUGACUGGUGGGCCUCGUUGCCUAAGGAGAUUCACUGUCGGGAUCUUAACCCCAAGGGGCCUCUGUUUCGCUGCAAUGUGCAUCUUGAGCUCACCUAUACUACUGCGACCAUAUACAUUGGCCGACCAUUUCUCUUUUUGCAGCCAGAACCGUCCACUCGGGUGCCUACCAGUGACAUUCGUACUGAAACGGCGAGACUUCUAUCGGAUGAUUGCAUACAAGCCUGUCUUCGAAUAGUCGACCUUUGUCAGCUCUUGCAAGAUUCUGUGGGUUUAUCUCGUGUCUCAUACACAGAAUUUAGCUCUUGUCGAGUAGCAUUGUUGGCUCUCAUUGCGCAACGGCUUAUCGAUAUUAAUGAUUCUUCGGAAAGGCUCUGUAGUGCCAUAACCCGAGGCAUGACACUUAUUAGACAAAUAUGUGCGGGGAUCGAGUCGGCUCGCUCGGAAGUGGCUGUAAUUGAGGCACUUGAGCGUGCUCGACUGCAACUCGACCGUCGGGGCAAGACAGAGCACGAUACUAUGGCUUCAGACUCUGGUUAUGAUCAGUUUCAACAAUGGGCCCAACUCUGGCGUGGGGAGCCUUUGACCUCCAUCUACCUUCCUGGACUUGAGCCGGAAAACGUUGAUAUCCCUUGGGCUUUGGACGAUGAAAUGCCCUCAUUUGAUGGGUUUCUUUCUUCUUUUCCUCAAGAACUGAAUGCGUUUGCAUCUAUUCCUGUUUCCGAUGAAUUUGACUUGCCAUCAGAGUGGCCGUGA